UAGGAAGCAACAUUAUCCGGUGCACUGGGCGAGUGUGUGUCACACUUUUAGCUGGUGAGUCUGUCAUGCUGCUCUCAGCACACUUUUAACCCGCGGAUACACAUGAAACACACGACUACCUGUCAGACACGCACGCAAGGGCUCGUUUGCUGUCGCUUCAGACACUGAUCUGAUCAUUUCUAAGCUUGUUUUAGUGUUUAGUUGAGGACAUUUGGUGAUAAGAUGGCGGAUGUGGCUCCGGCAGUCGUGGAGAAGAGUCUAGAUGAUUUCUUCGCCAAACGCGACAAGAAGAAGAAGAAGGAGAAGGGCAAGGGGAAGGAGCCGACGACCGGAGGAGCCGGAGGAACCGUGAUGCCGGUGAAAAAGACGAAAAGGGAGAAGGAGAAGUCGACGAAGAGUGAGAAUCAGGACGCGCAGAUGGAAAAGGAGGAUGAGGAAUGGAAGGAAUUUGAGCAGAAGGAGGUGGACUACACCGGACUCCGACUUCAGGCCAUGCAGAUGAGUGAUGAGAAGGAGGAGGAAGAGUAUGAGAAGGAGGAAGUGGGUGAGGAUGGUGAGAUCAUUCUGGUCACUGGUGAUAAAUUCUCUGGACCCUGGAAUAAGUCAGGCGCCCCCCCUUCAGCUGCUCCGGUAGAGGAAGUUGAGGUUCCUGAACCCAAAGCACCUGGCGUGUAUCGUCCCCCAGGGGCCCGGUUAACCUCGACCAAGAAAGGCCCAACUCAAGGGCCUCCAGAAAUCUUCAACGACACCCAGUUCCCCUCUCUCCUCUCCACUGCCAGACACGUGGAGACUCGCAAGGACCGAGAGAUGGAGAAGACCUUCGAGGUGGUCAAGCACAAGAGCCGGGUCAGAGAAGGGGAAGGCCCGGGCUCCAUGCAGCAACUACAGUUAGAUAAUCAGUAUGCCAUCCUGGGGGACAAAUAAAAGCCAUCUCCCCCUUCCCCCCAAGCCUACCACCAAUGGUACAGUAAGACUUGUAGGGGGAAAAUGUCCUGCAGCUGUCUGAUGCAGUCCUGACCGAGCUGGAGACGUCUGUGCCCAUUUUCACUCUCUCUCAAACACACACACACACACACACACACAACCAAAACUCACAUUUACACACACAAACACACACUCGCACACAACGAUAAACAAACAUCCCAUUAGACUCUUGUCAAGCAACACCUAGAAAUGAACCCAUUUAGCCAUCAAAAUCCUCUCAUACACACAUGGACACGGCUGAUAAAGGCCCUCCCUUAUCAACUGCAUUCAAACGGGCUGCAGCAACAGGAACUGACUGAAAUUUCAAAUUCUGCUUUAUACGACACUGCAUCAAACGAACAAGGCACCAAAUGUUUCUUACAGUGGAAUUCCUCAUGGGGUUGGUUGGCCGGCAGAGCCACUGGACAUCGGCCAACCCUGAGAAAAUGAGAAAAGCCACUUUGAGGAUGGAGUUUAAGACAUUGGGUGAGAAUUAAACAAACAAACAAAAAAAAACUGCUGAAGGUUUAUUUUUUCUUCACUACAUCAGUAUAGCUCCCAAACCAUUCAAUUUUUGUUUCUUACAUCGUGAUGACGGAAAGCUGGGAGUUUUUGGUUUGGGCACUAGAGAGUGGAGACUACCCUUGGGUACAUAUCUGUGGUUACAAUGUCGACCAGGUCCUGGACUCCGAUUGGCUGUAGGAAUAACCACCAGUCCGGCCAAUGAGGAGCAGCUCAAUGUUUAACUGUAAACUUGAAAAUGCUUUUUUUUUUUCCCCUCCCCAUUUUUGCAAGAUCUGUCAACAAGAGGUAUUGAGACUUUAAAUUUACUUUUUAAAGUGGCCUUACUGUGGGGGGGAAAUAUGAAAGUGAUGGGAGAGAAAUAUAUAUAUUAAAAAAAGCAUUCUGAAAGGCACUUCCUGGUCGUUUUGCAGAUAAAGCCUGCUUGAUUUGAUUCUUACCACUCUUGAGGAGUAAAAACCACAUCUGUAUCCCUCUGUGAGAAUGUAGUGCUGUGCUAGUUUGUCAACAUAUUGCGAAUAAUGGAUUUUCUCUAACAAUGUCCUUUGACCCUUUCAUCCCUGUUCCUCUCCUCAUUUUAUUUGAUUCCAUGAUUGACAAACCAUUAUUAAAGCUUAACCUUUCUAAUCUCA